AUGGAUCUCGUACAAUCGUUGUUGGGAGAGAUCGGCGUUCCGAUUCCUGACACCAAGACACUGUCGUUCGUCGGCACGCUCAUCUGCGUGGGUCUGACAGUGCCACUCGCCGUCAUGUUCCACUAUUCGGCUCGGCCUCGUAUUCAGCGAGUCAAGAUUUACGAGGAGCGCGUGCUGAUCCUCGGUGCAUCCACAGAGAAAGGCGUGGGUGAAGCACUGGCACUCCAAUACGCUCGUCGGGGCUGUCGCGAUCUGAUCCUUGUCGGUCGCAACCUGCAAGGACUCGAGGCUGUCAAGAAGCGCUGUAUCGAGCAGGCAAUUGAAGGAGAAGAGUGGGAAAUGUCGGAUGAGGCGCCUGGAGACCAAGCCAAGAGCAAGCACGAUUUGCGCAUCCAUUGCAUCGCUGCGGACUGCGCCAACGCGCAAGAUGUGGAUCGUCUCAGAAAGCAGGUUUCGGCGAAAAUCAAGGGUCUCGACACCCUGCACAUCUGCUUUGGCGUUUCAGCGCUGCUUCCGCUACUUGGCGUGGCAGGCGUGGAUCCAGUGCGUCGCGCUGACAAGCAGGAUCCGUCCAAGGUGUAUGCGGACAAAUCCGGCCUUGAAGCCGUUCAGCAAGCCGUUGUGAAUGCUUCGAAUGUCAACGUUGCAGGAACCGCGAUCUGUCUGGCUGCAUUCUUGCCGAUGCUUCAAACCACAUCGCACUAUCCAGCUGUCGUUCUCAUGUCUUCGGCAGCAGCGCUGUUCGCUGCGCCGACGCGCUCCGUUUAUGCUGCCACCAAGGCGGCUCAGCUCUCGCUCUUUCGAUCCGUCGCGCUCGAGUCGCAGGCGCAUGCACAAGUCAAGCCAGCCAAUUCAGCAAAGCCCCGUUCCCAGGUCCACUUCCUCUCCAUCUGCCCAGCUACCAUCGCUACAUCUUUCCGACACUCUGCGGUCGAUCUGGACCACACCAAAGCCGACAUGCCCGAAGACCUCGCUUGGGUCAAAGGCGAAAAGAUGCUUACGCCAUUCCAUGUUGCUCAGAGAACCAUCUUUGCUGUGGAUCGCUUUACACAAGGCAUCGUAACUCUGCCGUCCUCGUAUGCAUUUGCUACUUGGAUCGACAAGAUCUUCCCCAGCGUCACUGCGAAGAUGGCGCGCAAAAAGUAUGCUUAUUGA